AUGAUUCCUCGGUGGCUUCUGCUAAUAAGCGUCCUGCUUCUGGCGCUUCUCUCGCAGCCUGGUGCUGCGAAGAAGUCCGGAGGCCCGCGGAUCACGGAGACCAAGCUCGACCAUGACCCAAACAAUCUAUUCUAUUUCGAAGACUCAGACAAUGUCCUGUACAUUGAAUCCAUCACGAGGCAUGUGCGAUGCUCCUUUGAUGCGGGCGAGACCUGGGCUGUCGUCAAAACCCCGGACGGCGGCGACAACAUCAAGGCGUUCAACCUGUGGCAGCAUCCGUAUGAUAGGAACAAGGCCUACAUCCUCGGGGAAGCCGGCACGCACUGGAUCACCACUGACCAGGCGAAGACCUGGACCUCGUUCAAGAUUGACAUGAUUCCGUCCAUGAUCCACCUCCCCAUGUCCUUCCACGGGUGGGACUCGAGCAAGGUUAUCAUACAGGGCGAGCAGUGCGCCGGCUUCCACUGCAAGGAGACUAGUUACUACACGGUCGACGACUUCAAAACGGUGGCCCCGCUCCGCGACGGAAUCUUCGCCUGUUCCUGGGCGGUCGGUAGCCCGGAGUUCGCCAAGGAUCUCGGGGUCGCCGCGGAGAUCGGGAACCGAGUGCUGUGCAUCGUACCCGGGUUGAAGCCCUUGUUCGGAGGCGGAAGCCGCUUGGUGUACUCGGAUAGCUUCUUUGGUAAAGAUGGCGACGAAGAUGGCGUGGAGGUCAAGCUGCAGGCCGGCCGCCCUGUCAGCGGCAUUCUCAACACUGCAGCAGUCAAGAAGUUCCUCCUCGUUGCAGCCCGCUCUCAGGGCACAGACGAGCUUGCCCUCUACGUUUCCGACGAUGCCCGGGUCUGGCAUCGUGCCGAGUUCGGCAACCACCGACUGGAAGAAGAUGCCUACACGAUUCUGGAAAGCACGAACUAUAGUAUCCAGGUGGAUGUCCUAACGACGGGCAGGGACAAGGGUAUGGGCGUCCUGUUCACCUCCAACUCCAACGGCACCUAUUUCACCCGCAACAUCGAGCACACCAACCGUAAUCCCAUGGGGCUGGUUGACUUUGAGAAGAUCGCCAAUAUCCAGGGCAUCGUCCUGGUUAACGCCGUGGAUAACUGGGAGGCCGUAGAGAAGGACAGCCGUGAGCCCAAGAAGGUUGUCAGCCGGAUCAGUUUUGACGACGGCCGGACGUUCCAGCCCCUGACGAUGGGAGACAAGAAACUAAACCUACAUUCCGUAACAGCAUUCGCCAAUGUCGGCCGGGUAUUUUCGAGCCCUGCUCCAGGCCUCGUCAUGGGUGUCGGCAACACCGGCAGCCAUCUGGAGGACUACCUGAAGGGGGACCUCUUUGUGUCAGAUGAUGCUGGCGUGACUUGGCGGAAAGCCCUGGAUGGCUCUCACAAGUACGAAUUCGGCGACCAGGGGGCUGUCAUCAUUGCGGUAGAGGACGACGGCAAGACGGACAAGAUACGCUAUUCCAUCGACCAUGGCAAAGAAUGGGAGACGGCCGAAUUGCCCCAGAAGAUCUACCCCCGGCUGCUCACCACGACGCCUGAUUCGACGAGUCUCAAGUUCCUGCUGGUGGGCUCUACGAGCAACGACAAUAGUCAGGACACCGUCAGCAUUUACUCCAUCGACUUCAACGGCCUGCAUGAGCGGAAAUGUGAGAAGGAUGAUUUCGAAAAGUGGCCGGCCCGUCUGGACGAGAAGGGUGAGCCCGACUGUCUCAUGGGCCACAAACAAUACUACCGGCGCCGAAAGGCCAAUGCGGACUGCUUUAUCGACGAGGAGUUCAAGAAUCCAGACCCCAUCUUCGAGCCAUGCAAGUGUACUGCGGACGACUUUGAGUGUGACUACAACUUUGUCCGCAGCGAGGAUAGAAAGAGCUGUGUCCCGGCUGUGGCGUUGGCCGCGCCAGAAGGUCAGUGUCGCAACCCAGAUGACACCUACAUGGGCCCGUCUGGCUGGCGAUUGAUCCCUGGCAAUGCCUGUCAGCGUGAUGGCGGUGAGAAACUGGAUGACAAUGUCAAGCGUCCGUGCGGUGACACCACGGGUGGUGGCCAGCCCUCUGCGGAUGGGCCAGUCAGCACAUCCAAACAAUUCUUCGACUCUGCCAGCACGUACGACGAGUAUUACUAUUUGGAGCGCCAGGCCAGUAGCUCCGGUACCGACGAGACUAUUCUGAUGCGGACACGCAACGACGAGCUCUACGUCAGCCAUGACCACGGCGAGACCUGGCAACAGCCGGUCAAGGGCGAGAAGAUUGUCCAGGUGAUCCCGCACCCGUACUACAGCGACGGGGCAUUCUUCCUGACGGACGGGAAGAAGGGCUACUGGACGGUCGAUCGUGUGCAGAGUCCUCUCAAGUCCUUUGAAACACCCGCGCUCCCGAACCAGGAGCAACUACCAGUCCUCAUCUUCCAUCCGAAAUACAAAGACUGGCUUAUCUGGACCGGGGCUGUCGACUGCAAUACCGCGCAAUGUCAUUCGAAUGCGUGGAUCUCCAAGAAUCGGGGGGAAUCAUGGGAACUGCUCCUUCGCUAUGUCCGGAAGUGCGAGUUUGUGUAUCGCGAGGAUCGAGUCGAUAGCGCAGACCUCGUGUUCUGCGAGCAGUUCGAAAAUGAGAAUCAGAAAAACCCUCUGCAGCUGCUGUCGAGCAAGUCGUGGUUCACAGAGAGCGACGUACAUUUCAAGGACGUCAUUGACUUUGCCUCGAUGGCCGAGUUCAUUGUCGUGGCCGCGCGGGACAAGGACAAUAGGGAGUCCCUGAAAGCCAGCACCAGCGUCGACGGCUCCGUCUUCGCAGCCGCCGAGUUCCCUGCCAACCUGCAGGUCCCCGUUCAGAAGGCGUAUACGGUGCUCGACAGCUCGACCCACGCGGUCUUCCUUCACGUGACAGUCAACAAUGCGGCCAACACGGCGUAUGGCUCCCUGGUUAAGAGCAACAGCAACGGCACCUCGUACGUGCUCAGUCUCAACGGGGUCAACCGGAACGAUCUUGGGUAUGUCGACUUUGAGAAGAUGCAGGGCCUCGAGGGCGUCGCGGUGGUCAAUACCGUCGGCAAUCUGGUGGCCAUCGAGAGUGGCAAGGCCAAUCAGAAGAAACUGAAAACCAUGAUCACCCACAACGAUGGCGCUCAGUGGGCUCUCCUGCCGCCGCCGGCCAAGGAUGCCAACAACAAGAACUUUGGUUGUUCGGUCAAGGACAAUAAGCCCACCGACAAGUGUGCCCUGCAUCUCCAUGGCUACACCGAGCGUCGAGAUCCACGAGACACGUACUCGUCUGGAUCAGCGAUCGGUCUGAUGAUGGGUGUCGGCAACGUAGGCGAAUAUCUCUCAGCUAACAUGGACGACGCGGACACGUUUCUGACGCGUGACGGCGGCAUCACAUGGAAGGCAGUGAAGAAGGGCCGGUAUAUGUGGGAGUACGGGGAUGCAGGCUCAGUCAUCGUGAUUGUCCCGGACUCAACGCCAACCAAGUCCCUGUUCUACAGCACCAAUGAGGGGGACAGCUGGACGGAAUUCCAGUUCUCGGACGUACAGAUGGAGAUCACGGAUAUCAGCACGCUGCCGUCAGAUACCUCCAAGAAGUUUCUGCUUUGGGGAAGGGAAGUCGACUCGGACCGCUCCAACAAGCUCAGCACCGUCAGUCUGGAUUUCAGCGGGCUACGAGACAAAUCAUGCCAGCUCAACGAGGACCUCGGGGAGAAUGAGGACUACUAUCUUUGGAAACCCAGGCAUCCCUUGCAGGAUAACAACUGUCUGUUCGGCCAUAUCGAGCAGUAUCACCGCCGAAAACCAACCGCAGAGUGUUGGAAUGAUUGGAGAGAGCCUCAUGUUCACAGCAUCGGCAUGAACUGCACCUGUACCAGGGCGGAUUAUGAAUGUGAUUACAACUACGAACCUCAAUCUGAUGGUAGCUGUGCCCUUGUUCCGGGCCUCCCCAAGCCCAACGCCAUGGCCGUCUGCAAGAGCAACCCGGACCAGAUCGAAUACUGGGAGCCCACGGGCUACCGUCGCAUUCCACUGACCACCUGUCAAGGCGGGUUGGCCCUUGACCGGAUCGUUUCGCGGCCCUGUCCAGACCACGAGCAGGAGUAUGAGGAGAAGCACGGCAUCAGUGGCGUGGGCCUCUUCUUCGCCAUCGUAAUCCCUGUCGCCGUGGCCGGCGCGGUGGGCUACUGGGCCUACACCCGCUGGGACGGCAAGUUCGGCCAGAUCCGGCUGGGCGAAAACGUCGGGGUUGCCACGGGAGGCCUGCUGUCCCGGGACUCACCGUUCGUGGCCGUCCCCGUCGUGAUAAUUGCAGGAGUUGUGGCCGUCGCCCAGGCCCUGCCCCUUUUAGUCGUCAGCCUGUGGCGCAGUGCCAGUGGGUAUCUGCACAUCGGACGCGAUCGGGGCUACGCACGGCCGUACGCCUCACGCAGAUCGUUUGCCGCUCGCAGAGGCGACUACACCAGCGUGGUGGAUGACGAGGAUGAACUGCUGGGUGCGGAUGACUUGGAGGAUGACGAGGAUGAGGUAUAA